AUGGCGACUGGUGGUUUACGUUUUGGUAGCCCAAUGGCACAACACACUACCCUGAUUAUCAACAAUUUACCAGAUUAUAUAGCUGAUGAGGAGCUUAAAUCUAUGUUCUCAACUUACGGAACCGUCAAAGCAGCGCGUGUGAGACGAGAUCAGAAAACUAACAAAAGCAUUGGAUUUGGCUUUGUGGAAUAUGGGUCCCGGAAAGAAGCAGCAAAGGCAAUAGAUGAAGUCAAUGGCUUGCAGUUGGGGAAGAAGAAAUUGAGAGUCGCAUUCUCAGAACCAGUUGAUGACACUAUUAAACAGUCAACUAAAGUUACAGUACAUAAGAUUCCAUCGAAAACUUCGGAAGAGGAAUUUAGAGACAUGUUCACUAAGUUUGGGAAUAUAGUAAAAGUUCGUUUAUUGACAGACAGUGUUACUGGCAGAUCUCGUAGGAUGGGGUUUUUGUUUUUUGAGAAAUGGGCCGAUGCACAAAGAGCUGUGAGUGAAAUGAAUGGCUUUAAGCCAGACAACUCUAAUGAUCAGAUAAAAUGUAAGAUAGAUCAAGAGAGUGUGAAACCAAAGACUUGGCCUCAGUGGCAGAAGUCAUCGGACCAGCAACAUCCCACACCCCAGCCCCGGGGACCCCACCCAUACGCGGUGGCUCGACCCCAUUCUCAGCAGGGUCAUGGUCGUACAAUUCAACCCGUCAUUUCACAAGGGCCAAAUCCUUCUUGUGUGUUUUUGUACAACAUUGGAGAAUAUAUCAGUGAACAAGAGAUCUAUAAUUUGUUUGCGCAGUUUGGUGGACUGAAGAAAAUAGACAUUGUACGCGAUAUGAAUACCCAGUUAUGUAAAGGUUACGCGUUUCUUAAUUUCGAUACAUACCAGGCAGCUGAAAAUGCAAUUUUUACAAUGGAUGGAAUGUUUUAUAGGGGUAGACAGUUGCAGGUCCGAUUCAAAUACAGUUAA